CCUGUCUCGCGCUCAUCUUUCUUGCUUCAGCAUCCAUACGAUCUUGUCCUGACCCCCAUACACUCCUUUUGAUCCCGCUUUCUACGAAUUCGACAGUCCUCACCAACAGUAAUACCCGCCCAUUGUACGCUCCGCAUCUCGCGACAUUGCGCAAUCGACUUGCGAGCAGAGACGCCUCCUGAUCGCAUAGCGUAGCACAGACGCACAUCAUUGCGGCUGAACUGCGCGUCGAACGAUACUGAAGCGCCCACCGGCGCCAUACCACCGCAGCAACUUUUCUUUCCGCCAGCAUGGCGAACGCGACAUUCUACGACCUUCCGCCGCUACCCGCCUACGAAUUGAAGCCGCAGCAACCACUCAUCUCAGGGCUACCCGAUGCCUACCUCACACUUAUACUGCCCAUAGUCGCAUACUGGGGCGUAUCAUUGUUCUUCCACUGCAUCGAUGAGCUCGACCUCUUUCCACAAUACCGGCUACACACUCCAGCCGAGGUGUUGAAACGGAAUCAUGUCAGCAGAUGGGAUGUUUUCAGGGACGUCAUCAUACAGCAAGUCAUACAAACGGUAGUGGGAUUUUGUUUGACGAUAUUCGACCCGGAGCCCACCUUUGGAAAGGAAGAGUACGAUAUCGCAUGGUGGGCGCAAAAUCUGCGUUUGGCACAACGCGCCAUCCCCUCCGUGCUGGCCACAAUUGGAUUGGACGCUCAAUCAAUCGCGAGCAACAUUGGAGCUUCACAUAGCGCGCUGGCAGGUGUGCUCGCUGGAGGUGUAUAUCCUGGCCUUAUAAAGACUGUCGAGGUUAUGGGCGAACCAAUUGCCAUGCCAACAUUCGCAGAGUGGGAGCUCAUUGCGGCCAAGGGCAUCUACCACUAUGGUAUCCCAGCACUGCAGUUCCUGUUCGCUAUCAUGGUCGUGGAUACCUGGCAAUAUUUCCUCCACCGGGCGAUGCACAUGAACAAGUGGCUGUACGUCACUUUCCACAGCAGGCACCAUCGUCUGUACGUCCCAUACGCCUACGGUGCGCUAUAUAACCACCCAUUUGAAGGGUUCUUGUUGGAUACGGUGGGCACCGGCAUCGCAUACCUUCUCUCGGGCAUGACUGUCAGGCAAAGCAUGUGGUUCUUCACCAUGUCGACCAUCAAGACCGUGGACGACCACUGCGGAUAUUCGUUUCCAUGGGACCCCUUGCAGCACAUCACCAGCAACAACGCCGGCUAUCAUGAUGUCCACCACCAGAGCUGGGGUAUCAAGACGAACUUCUCCCAGCCCUUCUUCACCUUCUGGGACACCUUGCUCGGCACAAAGUGGACCGGUGGAGAUGUGAGCGCGCGAUACGAACGUGCAAAGAUCGCUGCUCAAAAGAAAGUCGACGCUGACAAGGCUGUGAGCAAGAGUGAGUCGGCAGCUCCUUACGCCCAUGAUGCAUCAACAGCAUCAUCGACAGCCCGCGCGGCCCAAGUAGCUGCAGAGCCGCGGAUUCCUGCGGGCAAGGCUACAUAUCAAGCUAUCGGGUCUCGACAGCAGGUCUUGGACGAUCCGGCUGGCGGAGGAAUCAGUGUACUGGCAGAAGAGAGCGUUGAAGAAGUUAAAGCGCAGCAGAAGUUGCGACAAAGCCCGCGCAAACGAUCCACCGGAUCGAGUCUGAAAGGUUUUGCAGACCGAGUAUCUGAAUCACUACAAGGCAAAGGCACAGGCGUGCUCGGAGUUGAAAGCCGAAGCGGCAGGUAAUAAUUUAAUACUGUACAACUGAGUUUUAAUGAGGCAACGAAACUAUCUUUUUCAUGAGCUG